UGCUGCUAUCUCUAUGGGAUUAGGAUAUAUAGUAGUUAUACACCUCCCCUCCAGCUCUAUCUGUAUACUGCUGCUGCUAUCUCUAUGGGAUCAGGAUAUAUAGUAGUUAUACACCUCCCCUCCAGCUCUAUCUGUAUACUGCUGCUAUCUCUAUGGGAUCAGGAUAUAUAGUAGUUAUACACCUCCCCUUCAGCUCUAUCUCUAUACUGCUGCUGCUAUCUCUAUGGGAUCAGGAUAUAUAGUAGGUAUACAUCUCCCAACCAGGGCUGUCUGGGCAUGCUGGGAGUUGUAGUUUUGCAUCAGCUGGAGGCCCCCUUGUUGGGAAACAUUGUCUUAUGGUAAUGUUAUAUUCAAAGACACUGUCCAGGGCUCCACAAUCCCAUCACAAUGAUCUGUUACUAUUUGUCACGUGUUACAGUCUCCACUUCACAUCAUUGUUACACUGGAUAUUUACAUAACUGGACUCAUCACUGUUUACACUGCAGUGCGGGGGGUCGGCCUCCAGGUGGCGCUGCCGGCACUGCUCCCCUCCGCUCUGCGCACAGUUUGGAAAGUGACAAGUGAAGGGGCUGAGAAAGUUACAGGAGGCAGAGGAGAGAGCAGCGGCCGCAGAGCAGAGACACUCACCCGCACACAGGAGGGCAGCAGCCCCCGGAGCUCCGCCAGCUGCCCACACCCGAGCAGGGGCCACAGGGACCCGGAGCCAGGCUCUGCCGAGGACUGUCUGCACCAUCCCAGGGAUGUACCGGGGCCGGCGGGGAUGCGCCUGGUCCCCCGGGCUGCUGCUCAUUGUUCUGCUGGACAUCGGGAGACACCGGAGCCAAGGAACUGAGCUGACAGUCAAUGCUGAUUUACAUCCUACCUCAACAUGGAACGUUUCAAGUGACCUCGACAAAGAUAUUUAUUUGACGCUCGACGAACCAAUGAACAACAUAACAACGUCACUGGGCCAGACGGCAGAAUUGCAUUGCAGAGUUUCGGGGAAUCCUUCCCCCACCAUACGAUGGUUAAAGAACGAUGCUCCCGUCGUGCAAGAACCCCGCAGGAUAUCCUUCCGCGCCACCAAUUAUGGCUCCAGGCUGCGCAUACGAAACCUUGACACGACCGACACCGGAUACUUCCAGUGCGUUGCGACCAAUGGGAGAAAAACUGUUUCCACCACUGGGGUCCUGUUUGUCAAAUUUGGUCCUCCUCCUACAGCAAGUCCUGGUUCAGUGGACGAGUUCGAAGAAGAUGGAUACUGCCAGCCGUACAGAGGAAUCGCCUGCGCCCGGUUUAUCGGGAACAGAACCAUCUACAUGGAAUCUCUGCACAUGCAAGGAGAAAUAGAAAACCAGAUCACCGCCGCCUUCACCAUGAUCGGCACCUCCAAUCACCUAUCGGAUAAAUGCUCUCAGUUCGCCAUCCCGUCUCUCUGCCACUACGCCUUCCCAUACUGCUCCGAAACAUCCUCCUCGCCUAAACCGCGAGACCUGUGUCGGGAUGAGUGCGAGAUCCUGGAGAACGUCCUGUGUCAGGCCGAGUACAUCUUCGCCAGAUCCAACACUAUGAUUUUAAGGACAUUAAAGCUGCCCAACUGCGAGGACCUUCCGCAGCCAGACAGCCCCGAGGCCAGCAACUGUAUCCGGAUCGGCAUCCCAAUGACGGACCCCAUCAACAAAAACCAUAAAUGCUACAACAGUUCCGGGGUCGACUACCGAGGCACGGUGAGCGUCACCAAGUCGGGGCGACAGUGUCAGCCGUGGAACUCGCAGUACCCGCACACUCACGCGUUUAACGCCAUGCGCUACCCAGAGCUCAACGGGGGUCAUUCCUACUGCAGGAAUCCCGGAAAUCAGAGAGAAGCCCCCUGGUGCUUCACAUUAGACGAAAACGUCAAGCACGAGGUGUGCGACAUUCCGGCAUGUGAUACCCAGGACUCUAAAGAAAAAAACAAAAUGGAGAUCCUCUACAUCCUGGUUCCAAGUGUCACCAUCCCGUUGGCCAUCGCUUUGCUGUUUUUCUUCAUUUGCAUCUGUCGCAAUAACCAGAAGACGUCUUCUCCCGCAGUGCAGCGACAACCCAAGCAUGUCCGCGGCCAGAACGUUGAGAUGUCCAUGUUGAAUGCAUAUAAACCAAAGACCAAGGCUAAAGAGCUCCCUCUAUCUGCGGUGCGCUUCAUGGAAGAACUGGGCGAAUGUGUUUUUGGAAAGAUCUACAAAGGACACCUUUACCUCCCAGGGAUGGAUCACGCCCAACUUGUUGCCAUCAAAACUUUAAAGGAUUAUAACAAUCCCCAGCAGUGGGCAGAGUUCCAGCAGGAGGCAUCUCUCAUGGCAGAGCUACACCAUCCCAACAUGGUGUGCCUUCUCGGAGUGGUCACUCAGGAGCAGCCAGUGUGCAUGUUGUUCGAGUACAUGAAUCUUGGGGACCUCCAUGAGUUCCUCAUCAUGAGGUCCCCCCAUUCAGAUGUUGGCUGCAGCAGUGAUGAAGAUGGGACGGUUAAGUCAAGCCUGGAUCACGGAGACUUUCUCCACAUCGCCGUUCAGAUCGCAGCCGGCAUGGAGUAUUUAUCGUGUCAUUUCUUCGUCCAUAAAGACCUUGCUGCCCGGAACAUAUUGGUCGGAGAACAACUUCACGUGAAGAUUUCUGACCUCGGACUUUCGAGAGAAAUCUACUCCUCGGAUUAUUACAGAGUCCAGAACAAUUCUCUCCUUCCUAUUCGAUGGAUGCCUCCAGAGGCCAUCAUGUAUGGGAAGUUUUCCACCGAUUCGGACAUCUGGUCCUACGGCGUGGUGCUUUGGGAAAUCUUCAGCUUCGGCCUUCAGCCCUAUUAUGGAUUUAGUAACCAAGAAGUCAUCGAGAUGGUCAGGAAGAGGCAACUGCUUCCGUGUUCCGAGGACUGUCCUCCGAGAAUGUAUAGUCUCAUGACCGAAUGUUGGCAGGAGAUACCGUCGAGGAGGCCGAGGUUCAAGGAUAUCCACAUGAGGCUGAGGUCAUGGGAAGGACUUUCAAGCCAUACAAGCUCCACUACGCCAUCAGGAGGCAAUGCCACCACGCAGACCACAUCUCUGAGCGUGAGUCCUGUAAGUAAUCUGAGCAAUCAACGGUAUCCUAAUUUUCUUUUCUCAGCGCAAGGAAUGCCACAGGCCCAGAUCACUGGUUUUAUAGGGCCACCGUUACCUCAAAAUCAAAGGUUCAUACCUAUCAAUGGAUACCCUAUCCCGCCGGGAUAUGCUGCUUUUCCAACCGCUCACUACCAACCACCCGGGCCACCAAGAGUCAUCCAGCAUUGCCCGCCCCCGAAAAGCCGCUCUCCAAGUAGUGCAAGCGGCUCAACAAGUACUGGUCACGUGACCAGCUUACCCUCUUCCGGAUCCAAUCAGGAUGCAAACAUCCCUUUACUGUCCCAUAUGUCUAUGCAGAGCCAUCCGAGUAGUAUAGGAGUACAAUCCUAUGGAAGCAAAGGUUUGAAAACCUACAAAGUGGACAUGAAACAAUCCUCUUUACUCGAAGACUCUGACAUCCACCAUGGACACAACGACUCCAUGAUCUCGGCGGAGUUGUAAUAUUUUGUGGUAGAUAUGUACAUACUAUAUGCAGGAAAACAAUCGAAUGGACGCUUUAAGAAGAAGAAAAAAAAAAGUUUUAUAUAAAGUAUUUUUAUUGAACUGAGGUCAAUCCACGUGUUCAGCGAAUGUUUCCUUCAGGUAUCUUCUGUGAAGUUAGACUCUUAUCCUCAACAAGUGGACGCGCAGUUCAGAAUGUGAUGACUUUAUUGUUUCAUGUCGACCUGAUCGCCUUCAAAGGGCUACUCCGCUGCUAGACGUCUUAUCCCUUGUCCAAAGGAUAAGAUGUCUGAUCGUGGGGGUCCCGCGAUCUCCGGGCCGCAUCCGGCAUUCUAAACAGUUUGUUUAGAAUGCUGGGUUUUUGAGAUUGGAAAUGUGACGUCACACCACGCCAACUUGUGACCUCACAACACACCCCCUCCAUUCAUGUCUAUAGGUGGGGGCGUGAGGGCCAUCACGCCCCCUCCUAUAGACAUGAAUGGAGGGGGGGGGUGGCGUUGACGUCACGAGGGGGUCGUGGCAUGACUUCAUGCCUACCACCUCCUCAACCCAGCAUUCUGAACAUAAUGUUCAGAACGCUGGGUGUCUGCACAGAGGUCGUGUGGUCGUCCCUUGCAAUCAGACAUCUUACCCCCUAUCCCAGCGGCUGGACCCCCCCCCCCCUCCCGAUCAGACAUCUUAUCUCCUAUCCCCUAUCCCAGCGGCCGGACCCCCACGAUCAGACAUCCUAUCCCCUAUCCCAGCGGCCGGACCCCCACGAUCAGACAUCCUAUCCCCUAUCCCUGUGGCCGGACCUCCACGAUCAGACAUCCUAUCCCCUAUCCCAGCGGCCGGACCUCACGAUCAGACAUCUUAUCCCCUAUCCCAGUCACCGGACCCCCACGAUCUGACAUCUUACUAAUCCUCUAUCCCAGCGGCCGAAUCCCCCAUGAUCUGACAUCUUAUCUCCUAUCCCAGUGGCCGGACCCCCACGAUCUGACAUCUUACUUAUCCCCUAUCCCAGCGGCCGGACCCCCACGAUCUGACAUCUUAUCCCCUAUCCUAGUGGCCGGACCCCCACGAUCUGACAUCUUACUUAUCCCCUAUCCCAGCGGCUGGACCCCCCACGAUCAGACAUCUUAUCCCCUAUCUCAGCGGCCAGACCCCCGCGAUCUGACAUCUUAUCCCCUAUCCCAGCGACCAGACCCCCACGAUCAGACAUCUUAUCUCCUAUCCUUUGGAUAGGGGGUAGGCUAUCUAGCAACGGAGUACCCCUUUAAUCUAGGUGUUGUCCUGAGUUAGAAAAACAUGGCUGUUUUGUUGGGGUUUUUUUGUCCCAAAAAUGGCGCCACCCCUGUCUACACGUUGUGUAUGGUAUUGGAGCUCAACCUAUUUAUUUCAAUGGAGCCAAGUUCCAAUAAAAGACACAACCCAUGGACUGUUUUUGGAAGAAAGCGGCCAUGUUUUUCUGAUCCCUGACAACCCCUUCCAUACAUAUAUAUGCAUCUCUAACGUUGCCAAAGAUCACGAGUGAGUGGAGACUCAUUAAAACGCCAUUGGCCGCUCAAUGCAAAACCUUGUUCAUUGUAAACAACAUAAGAAUUUAAGAGGUCUGUAAGAAUAGAGGCUUUAUGUUCCGUGUUCAGACCAAUAGAUGAAAAACACCUUUUUGUCCAAAAUUUUGCAAAACAUUAAGGUUCGUAUCCAACAGAGGGAUAUAAUGGAAUAUUGAGAACCUCAUAUAAAGGGCUAGGACGUCUAUUUAACUCUGCGCACAGAAAAGUAGAAAAGCAUGGAGGCUUUAAAAAAAAACAAAAAAAAAACAGUCAAUGGAUUGUGUAUGGUAUGGCAGCUCGGCUCCAUUUAAAGGGGUACUCCACUGGAAAACAU